CACUGCGACGUGCACAUCAAGCGGACUUGGAGGAGAGGCAUCACAGGAGUGCCAGAGGAGCACAGGCACAUAUGCACCCCCCCUCCCCCUGCCUAGCCCCACGUGGCUGUUAAAUUUUGCUAAGGAGCACCGUGAGGAGUCAAACGUGCAAGGCGUUGUUAAAUGGCCCGAUAACUGAGCCCCCCCUCGGCCCUGACUUGAGAGGGAGAGGGAGGGAGGGAGAGAGAGAGAGGGAGACACAGAUCUCUUUGUACACUUCUCUCCGUAUGUGUCCCACCUGUUUUCUGCAAGAUCGCUCCCUGUCUUCCUUCCCGGCUCCACACUUUUAGCAACAAACAGACCCAAAAUAGCUAAUCCCGAGAGAUUUCUCUAUCUCCUGCUGCCGGUGAAGGGUAGGAGCGCCUCACUGUCCCGAAGGCUUGGAUCUCCACAGAUGGGAGCCACUAAAGACCAGAGUGAAUGCCGGCACCCCCUCCUCAGAAUGUGCUCUGCCCUCUGGACGUUCUCCCCCCUCGUUUUAAGCUUUGCCCGCUCUGCUCCGUUUGCCCGGCGAAGAUGAUCCUCUCCCGAUUCUCCUGGCAAGCGCCGGCCGUGUGGUGAACUGUGGCAUAAGAUCCACAACCGGGACAAGACCAGUACUGGGACCGGCACCAUGUCGUGGAAGAGGAACUAUUUUGCAUCGGGCAGCAGCGGGAUGCAUGGCGCGUAUGCCCCCCGGACCAUGACGUCUAUCGCACCCAGCAAAGGGCUCAGCAAUGAGCCGGGACAGAACAGCUGCUUCCUGAACAGCGCCCUGCAGGUUCUCUGGCAUCUGGACGUCUUCCGAAGGAGCUUCCGCCAGCUGACCACGCACAAGUGUAUGGAGGACUCCUGCAUCUUCUGUGCUCUUAAGAGCAUCUUUGCGCAGUUCCAGUACAGCAGCGAGAAAGUCCUGCCCUCCGAUGCCCUGCGCAGCGCCCUGGCCAAGACCUUCCAGGAUGAGCAGCGCUUCCAGCUGGGGAUCAUGGACGACGCGGCCGAGUGCUUCGAGAACCUUCUGAUGCGCAUCCACUUCCACAUCUCUGAUGAGACCAAGGAGGACAUAUGCACCGCCAAGCAUUGCAUCCCUCACCAGAAGUUCGCCAUGACACUUUUCGAGCAGUGCGUUUGCAACAGCUGUGGUGCCACCUCCGACCCGCUGCCCUUCAUCCAGAUGGUCCACUACAUCUCCACCACAUCCCUCUGCAGUAACCAGGCAGUGCGCAUGCUGGAGUGCCGCGAGAAGCCCACGCCAGACAUGUUCGGGGAGCUGCUCCGCAACGCCAGCACCAUGGGGGACCUUCGCAGCUGUCCGGGUAACUGUGGGGAGAUGCUCCGAAUCCGGCGGGUCCUCAUGAACUCCCCCGAGAUCAUCACCAUCGGCCUGGUCUGGGACUCAGACCAUUCGGACCUGGCCGAGGACGUCAUUCACAGCUUGGGCACCUGUCUGCGCCUGGGCGAUCUCUUCUACCGCGUCACGGAUGACCGAGCCAAACAGACCGAGCUCUACCUGGUGGGCAUGGUCUGCUACUACGGGAAGCACUACUCCACUUUCUUCUUCCAGACAAAGAUCCGCAAGUGGAUGUACUUUGAUGACGCGCAGGUGAAAGAGAUCGGCCCCAAGUGGAAGGACGUCGUGUCCCGCUGCAUAAAGAGCCACUACCAGCCCCUGCUGCUGCUGUACGCCGACCCGCGGGGCACGCCGGUGUCGGCGCAGGACGUCCCAUCGCAGCUGGACCUGCAUCGCUGCAGCAAGGCUGGAUAUGACAGUGAAGACUCCGGUCGCGAGCCGUCGAUCUCCAGUGACACUCGCACAGACUCCUCGACGGAGAGCUGCUCUCACCGGCGCCCCCACAGGCACCACGAGUCCAUGGCCAGCCGCUUCUCCUCUGACUCUCAGGGCACGGUCGUCUGCAACCUGGACGGCGACCCGAUCUGCCGCGGCGGCACGGAUCCUGCAGGGGAGAUCCUGAAGGAGCCCCUGGUCCCACGGACGCUGCCCCGGCCUUCCUGCAGCCGGCUGAAGGACUUCAAAGAGGCUAUGGGUGGCAGCAUGGUCCACAGCCGGCCCCUGUCAUUGUCCUCCAGUUCGGGGGUGGGCAGCUUGGAGCCGGGAGCGCGGGCUCGCGACUGGGAGAACGAGAGCACCAGCAGCGAGUCCAAGUCCAGUUCCUCCUGCGGGCGCUACCGACCAGCCUGGCGGCCCAGGCGCGAGGCCCUAAACAUCGACAGCAUCUUUAGCCGGGAGCGAUGGCGGCAGGCAGGGUUCGGCUCGCUGGGGCCCUCGCCGCUGCUGGAGGAAAGCGGGGCCCGGGGUGAGGUGUUGCCCGGGACUUCGGCAGCCGCCGGGCAGGGGGCAGGAGGUCCGGAGAUGCUUGUCAGAACCAGCGGGUACCUGGCCCCGCCUCUGCCUCAGUCACUGCACAGCCUGGAGCACCAGCCGCGUUUGAUCCAGAGGAUGGAAAGUGGCUAUGAAAGCAGUGAGAGGAACAGCAACAGCCCUGUGAGCAUGGACAUGCCCCUUAGCGAGGGGCCCAGUGCCGGCUCACACAGGGACGUGGGAACGAAGAAACAUUUAAUCUCAGGCCCGUCCUGGCGCAGCGUACCCAAGUCCAAGAGCAGCGGGGCCAUCCUGCAGGACGCCAGAACGUCGUCCUGGACCAACAGUCAUUUGAGCCUGGGGGAGGGCCGCAGCGAGCUGGACGAGCUCCAGGAGGAGGUGGCACGCCGGGCGCGACAGCAGGAGCUGCAGCGGAAGCGGGAGCGGGAGCGGGAGGCCGCCAUGGGCUUCAACCCCCGGCCAAGCAAGUUCAUGGACUUGGACGAGCUGCAGCACCAGGGGAUGGGGGCCGGCCUCGAGCGCUCGCUUGUCGAGGCCGACUCUCUGUUAGAGCGGUCGCUGCGGCUCGAGCAGGGGGGCGACGUGGUGGCGGCGCUCUCCGUCUGCCACCAGGCUGUGUCUAAGCUAAGACUUACCAUGCAUGAGGGCAGUGAUAACACUCAUAGCAGGACAAUGGCUGCCGAUAAGAAGCUGCAAAAGUGCAUGAGGAGAGCGCGGGGCCUACAGCAGCGCAUGCAGCCGCUGGAGCAGGAGCAGCCGCAGCCGCAGGGGCCUCCCAGUGAACAGCCUGGCGCGAUCAAAAUACUGCUGACAACCCAUCAGGAAGAGGACUGGGAUGCAGACCAGGAUGCACCUGUGGCCCCGCCCUCUCCUCUCCCUAGUCAAUCCUUCUCCCUUUCUAGAAACUUACACCCUGGACCCUUGAGCCACCCAUCUCCCUGCUCCCCCCAACUUGUGGGGCAGAGCAAGGGCCCCAGCGGGGAGCACUCAGAGAAUCUGCCCGCUUGUUCAGAGCUGGGAGAGCAGGAGAUGAGAAGGGAAGGGCAGGAUCAUGUAAACCGCCGGGACGGGUCUGAGACCUCCAGCAUAAAUCCAUCCUCAGGUCAACAAGUAGAGUCUGUCCAUCAAUGCCGCAACUUAACCUUGCUGCCCCUAGACUUUUGGAGGGCCCCAGGAAGCGAGAGGGAGGGCUGUACCCAAAGCUCCCAGCCGCAGCCUCAACCUCUCCCUGCCGCUGCGGCUUUGCCGUACCAGAGCUCCAUGAAAGUCCCUGACCAAAGCUCAGCUAAUAAGCCGGGGCCUCCACAGACUCUAGCAGCAUCACCGGUAGAGCCCUCUGCAGAGAGGAAGGGCUGUGACUAUCCAAGGUCUCCCACUCAACAUCCAGUGCAGACCCCUCCUCAAAUUCACUCCCCGGCUCCUCCCUGCACCAUCCCUCGGCUGCAGCCACCUUCCACUGCUGUUCAGUACUGGUCAUCGUGGAGCCUGGACAGUCCGGAUAGUGUUAUUAUGGCGUUUUGCACUUCACCCAGCCGCCAGUUCUACUCCAGUUCCAGCAUGCCUGGGUGUCCUUCUUCCUCUCAGCUAGUGGUUGAUCCACCAGAUCCCUCCAUAGAGGGAAAGUCCCAGGCUGAAAACUCCAAUUCUUCCGGUAAUAUUCAGCCUGCCACUAACUUAUGGCGUGAUGUCACUGACUCACCGGAUACGGAGCUGGAAGUCCUCCACCAGACGAGCAGAGAGAACACUCCAUACCCUCUGGAGCCCAUGCAGAACAUCUUUUCACCGUCUGGAGCAACAUCAGUUCCUGCAGCUGGUGAGAUGCUCUUGCCUGGGAAGCUCAUUGGUGGACGUUCCAAAACCCCUACCGCCGAGAUAGAGAAGAGUGUGUACCAGGCCCUUGGCUGUGGAUCCUCUCUGGUCUCCUCUCACAGGUUUACUCCUGCUUCUAACCAUGAGCUACAGCCAAUGGAGUCGUGUGGUGUGGACGACCUGGGAGAGGAGCAUGCUACUGCUGCGCAGGAUGAAGGACGAGGCGAAACGCAGCUGUACAGUGUGGAGAACAUGCGUCGCGUUGCCCGCAGCUUGAGCAGUACGGUCAUCGGAAGACGCCAGGAGGACCUCAGGGUGUCCCGCAGCAUGGAGAUUCCCAGGAGGUCCAAGAGUUUCUGGCUCUGCCUGACCGGAGUGAAGCUCUCUCCGGUGAAGUCCACCACCGUGCCGCACUGAAGGACGAGACGCAGUGGAUGGCCAGUGGCAUACCGGCUCGCCCAUCCCAUCCAGGGCCUGCAGCUCUCCUGCCGCGAUCCAGCUGCCUGGACCUGCUACAGGCAGUGGCUCAACAGGAUCAGCAUGCUGU